AUGGAGAAAAGUGGGAACAUUCAGCUGGAGAUUCCCGACUUCAGCAACUCUGUCCUGAGCCACCUCAACCAGCUGCGCAUGCAGGGCCGGCUGUGUGACAUUGUGGUCAACGUGCAGGGCCAGGCCUUCCGGGCUCACAAGGUAGUGCUGGCCGCUAGCUCGCCUUACUUCCGAGACCACAUGUCGCUCAACGAGAUGAGCACAGUCUCCAUCUCCGUCAUCAAGAACCCCACUGUGUUUGAGCAGCUCCUCUCUUUUUGCUACACUGGGCGGAUAUGCCUCCAGCUGGCAGACAUCAUAAGCUACCUGACGGCCGCCAGCUUCCUGCAGAUGCAGCACAUCAUAGACAAGUGCACACAGAUCUUGGAGGGCAUUCAUUUCAAAAUCAACGUUGCUGAGGUUGAAGCAGAGUUGAGCCAAACCAGGGCAAAGCAUCAGGAAAGGCCUCCAGAAUCUCACCGGGCUUCCCCGUCCCUGAAUCGCUCCCUGAGUCCUCACCACAGCACUCCGAAAGGGAGCCGGAUGGGCCAAGUCAGCACAGUGCUGGACAUUCGGGAACUUAGUCCUCCUGAGGAGUCUACGAGCCCUCAGAUAAUAGAGCAGAGUUCGGACGUGGAGAGCAGGGAGCCCAUACUGAGGAUUAACCGGGCAGGACAGUGGUAUGUGGAAACGGGAGUGGCCGAUCACGGCGGGCAGGGCGACGACGACGUCAAAGUCCUUGGAGCCGUACGGAUCAAAACGGAAAACCUGGAAGAGUGGCUGGGGGCAGAGAAUCAGCCGUCUGGAGAAGACGGGAGCAGCGCUGAGGAGGUCACCGCCAUGGUGAUUGAUACUACUGGCCAUGGGUCGGUGGGGCAGGAAAGUUACACCCUAGGGUCAUCAGGAGCAAAAGUGGCCAGGCCAACCAGCACUGAGAUUGAGAGGUGA